AUGUUCAAGCGAAAACCCGACAUCAGAAACCUCGCGCCUUUGCGCUCCUCAGAUCGAAGAAAGCUCGCCGAUCAAAUCAUCCGGGACUAUCAAGUCUCUAUCCCAGAGUCCGGCGACGAUGCCUCAGCAGGGACACAAUCACAAACGGCACUGCGCAACUCACUUCUACCAGAGUCGACUUCGUCAGCUCGUUUCAUCACUCCAACUGAGCAAGGAACCGUGUACAUCGGUGCACAUCCAGACCAAGAUGAGAGAGUCCUCUGGUUUCAGACUGGAAAGAAUCCCCGCCUGAUACCAACAGUGUACACUUUGUGGCGCAACCCUAACCUCAUUCCACUUCUGCAUACGCCCGAUUUUGUGGUUGAGGAGAAGCUGAAGCAUGGCGCCGACCUGAUGGUUCCUGGGCUGGUGAAAGCUAGAGGCACCAUCUGGGAUUCGCGAGCGAGCACUGGCGCUGUUGUGGCUGUCGCAGGAAUGCAGAAUGAUACAGUGCCUGUCUGGAUUGGGACAUGUCAAAUAGAUGUGCGAAAUCUUCCAGAUGAUGUGCGAGGUCAGAAAGGUGCAGCAAUCAAGGCCCUUCACUGGGUUGGUGAUGAGUGCUGGAGCUGGAAGCAACUUGGCAGUGGCGGAAUCGACCCGCCUUCAAGCUUAGAGGGAUGGGCAGGCCUAGCAGCAGGGUUGGCUACCCAAGCUAACAAACUGUCGCUGGAUGAAAAGACUCAGCCAGCAGAGUCGGCACCGGCUGCUCAAGACUCGCAAGCCACUGAGGCCCAAGAAGGUGAUGAGAUCGAGGAGGAGCACGAACCGACGACCAAAGAGAUCGACGACACCUUCCAUCAAGCCUUUCUGUUCGCAGUCCACAAAGCCAAAGAAUCUGGCUCUCCGCCAAAUUUCGGCUUGCAGUUCCCUCUUCAGCCGUCUUUCAUAAUCGCAAACAUGGUUCAGCCUAACCUCCGAUACCAAAACCCAAAGUACUACAACAUCAAGAAGACGUCGUGGAAGAACGCCAAAAAGUUCAUCAAGCAUCUUGAUAAAGAACUGAUCGUCAAGUCGAAGGACAGAAACGGUGGAGAGACCGUCAUUCUGGACAUUGACUUUGAUGAUCGGCAGGUGUUGGGUUUCCGGCCAUAUCGAUUGCCGACACCGAAGACUACAGGUGGAGAUGUGUCAACAUCAGAUGCCGGGCAAGCCUCAGGGUCGAGUUCAUCUGCCGGGCAGAAGGUCAACAUCCAGAUGGUAUAUCGCGUAUCUUCAAAGCUCGUUCCGACACUUGUCCCCUCCAAGACAGACUUCUACACCUCGCAGGAGAUCUCAGCAGCUAUCAAGUCGUAUAUCGACCAACAUCCGGAAUUGGGAGGCCAAGGCAACUCGAGCGUCAAGCUCGACCCAUUUCUCGCCAACGACAUCCUGGGGAACAAACCGUCUGAUGAAGACGUCAGUUUCCUUGCCGCAGGAAGAAUUCCUCGAAGUACUCUCCAAAAGCGAGUGAUUGAGGACACCCAUCUCUGCCAGCCCUUCCACAUCAUCUCACAUGGCGCUCCCUCACCCGAUCAGAAGCCAAAGUCUGGAUUGCCACCUCGGAUCCUGAUAACAAUCGAGAAGCGAACCGGUACGAAGGUCGUCACCAAAAUUUCCAACUUAGAGCCCUUCUUCAUCGAUCCUGUGGUCCUUGCGCCAGAGUUACAGAAGAAGUGUGCAGGUUCUGCGAGUGUAGGCCAAGUUGCUGGUGCCAAGCCUGGAUUGAUGGAAGUUGUCGUUCAAGGUGAUCAGAGGAAGAUUCUCGCUAAGGAUAUUUUGGCGAGCAAGGGUAUUGAUGCGAAGUGGGUGGAUGUUGUGGACAAGACAAAGCCCAAGAAGAAGAAGUAG